CAUUCACCAUAAGUGCCUUUAACCAAGUAAAAUAUUUUUAAUUAAUUGACAAAGCAGCUCACUUUUCACUAGCUUGGGAAAGUACGGUUUGGAAAUUUCACAGAAGCAACUUCCUCUGAACAUCUCACCUGUUACCAAAGACUGAAGAUGGCUUCAGGACGCAAGCAAAAACCAUACCUCAACGACUUGUUGAUGAUGAGACCAGGACUGCGUGCCCAAAUACCCGACUCGCCUUCUUUAUCAUUGGCGUCUCUUGGACCUCCACAUUAUCAAAAUGCUGGCUAUGAAAAUACCGAAAGCUUUACGGGAAGUCACUACGAAGAUCUAGAUCGCUACAAUCAAAUUCCCGCCUGCCCGCGCAAGAACGACAACGCUGUUUACCAACAGGCCACUCCAUUGAAUAUGAUCCCAACAGAUAAAAAAAUCGAACGACAACGCCAGUUUACGGAGUGCUCUGACGAUUCUACAAACAGUCUAAUGCACUCGAGCUCCAAAAGAAUGCCGCGUUGUAGUACGAUAAUUAUUCAUCUUAUUCAGCUAAUAGUGUCAUUGGUAGCCUUGACUUUAGUCAUUUUGAUGAUAACAGGAAACAUUAAAGUUAAUCAGUGUGGAUGUGAUACCAAAUCAGUCGCCUCGCAAAAAUACCUCACAAAGAUCACCCAGCCUUCCUCCUCAACAUCAUUGUUGGUCGAGAAAAUCAACAGGCUUGAACGAAACGUUUCAUCACUGAUGGCAAGAGAGGCAAUCACGUCCUCAUUGGUUCGUAUUCAUCAAAAAGAGAUUCUGGAACUGAAGUCAAAGUUGGGAGGUCAGUCUGAAGGUCCAAAGGAGGAAUCGUCUGCAAAUAAAUUUAAGCAAAAUAUAACGACCGAAGUGAAAAAACUUCGCGAAAAACAAGUUCAACUCGAUUCCUCUUUAACAAAACUCAAAGAAAGCGACAAGACCAAAGCCACCGACAUCCAAGAAGUGAGCGCCAAGGUUAUUGGGCUUGCUGUGGCAGUGAAUUACUUAAGUCUAAACGAUUCGUUGAUCAAGUCUAAAGUACACAAGUUAAGUAAUUCUGAAGUGGAGUUCAGGACAUCUUUGGAAUCACUCAAGCAAAAGGAUGCUGAAGUAGAUACGUCACUAAAAAGAGCAAAAGAUGUUGAAGUAUUCUUGAACACAAGUGUGAGCCACCUCAAGUCUGUAAAUGGAGAAAUGAGGAAUAAAGUGGAUCAUUUGAACUCUACAUUUAUGACAAAGAUCAACAGUAUUAAAAGUGCGGCCAAUAAUAAGAAGCCAGGACUAGCUGGCCCACCAGGACCCCCUGGACCCGCAGGACCCCCCGGACCCGCAGGACCCCCCGGACCUCAGGGUCCAAGAGGUAUCCCCGGUACACCAGGCGCUGGAAAUCUAAGUCAAUGUCAGCACCAACAGAAAGAGUCUAUUGGCGUUAGUGGUGCACCUUCUGAUUAUUUUGUCACCUUUAUUGAGCCAAUGAACAAAAUAGUGGUAGGAGCCUCUUGCUCGACCGUCAGAGGAGACGAAACAAACCUGUCAUCUAAUACGAAUUCACGAGGAGAAAAAGUGUAUCUAUGUACAUGUAGAGGACAGUCAAAUUUUGCGACAGGUUCUGGAAAUAUGAAAUGUUUGAUAGACGUCUGGGUGUGCCCAAGAAUAUCUUGAUUGUCAUCACAUAGUUAGGAUCAAUAUAACAAAUUAGGUAUAUAAUAUAUGAAAGAAUUCGAUCCUUUCAUGGAAACGAACGACGCAUGCUCACAAGGCAUGAAGACGCUGUUCGCCCAAGUCGCAAAAAAGGCUUAACCAAAAAAAGUCAUCAUUUUAAUAAUUACAGUUAAUCCAUUAAUUUCUGUGAUAUAAAAAAUCAAAGGAACUUAUCAACGCGUAGUCGUUGACCAUAGAAAAGUAUCCUCGAUGUGAGGAAAUUAAUCCUGAAAAACAGGAUCAACCAGUUUAAACCAGUUUUGUACAUAAAAAUCAGUUAGCAUAAUCAUAUUUACCUCUAAUUUAGGUAACUUAUUUUGGAACUUUAAAUAUCUAACUCUCGCACAUAAUUUGCUAACACUAAUUGGAAGGUCUUGAUCAGAAAUAUUAGUAAGAUAUUUUURAGAUAUUAGGAAUGUGACAUGAAAACGAGGUCUAUUGAUAGCCAAUGUGUAUUCUCAGACAUUAAUGGAAGCUCAAAUAGUUUCACAAGAGGUAAGUCGGUAUUAGAGCUAUAUAAAUAUAGAGUGGCUUUACGGCAGUCAUAUCGUAAGGCAAAGCCAUAUAUAUUUUUCCCUUGAGGAAAAGAGGUAUUUUUUCAUGCAAAAAACAUUGUAUUGUUUCUUUUCUAAAAUACGGCUGUCGUAAAACCACUCUGUUCAUAUUUUGAAGCAAAAUAGCUAAAAAUAGCUAAAACAGCCCCAAUAUGCAAUGCAAGCCAACUCGACCCAGCUUUUCUCUACCUCGGAAUGACUAACAACCAGUAGCUUCUAUAAAAAGCAAAAUACAAGUUUAUUGGUAUAUUGGACAAACAGACUAUUGUCUGUUACUCUUUGUCUUAAAAGAAGUAGUGGCCCAAACGUGCUAGACGAUGCUUAGAGACAUAUAGGCUACAUAAGAAUCAGAAUGACYUACAGCAAUGUGGUUCAGUGCUACCUUCUUUAAACAAAUCUUGAUAAAAUAACGAUGCUUGACUUCGGUUGACUGAAUACAAAAUGUCUUCUUAAAAAAUAUCCUAAAAAUCUAAAAAAAAAAAAAAAAUUUAAAAA